CGCCACUUAAUUGCUGCCAACCCCCUUCUUGGCAUUUCGGUUGCCUCGGCUCGGACUCAAAAAUGGGGUUGCCACGUGAGGAAUGAGAUCAUUGAAAGAGUGGGGAGCACGAGAUCCCACCUCUUUGACCAUUCAACGUCAAGCACAACCAUGGCAUUAGGUCACCCUCUUCCUGAGAUCCCUGAUGGGUCCGUAUGGAAGCAGAAAGCAGUUCGAGAUGCCGAAACUCAACUGGUAGACAGAGUGAAGAAGGGCAAUGGUGCACAUUUGUUCUUGCUGAGUCUGACGAGACGAAUGUAUCUUUUUGCUCAGUACGCAGUGGAGCAUGAUGAUCUGCUCAAUUACCUUGGGCGAGUCAAACUUGUAGUUUGAUGGCUAAAACGUCACUUUAGAUUCGCUGGGGUAGCGAUAUACCAC